CAUGGUUUGAGAUGCUCCGGUUCGCGGGGAUCAUGGUGCAGGGUUGAUGAAUGCUCAGGGGCUCUCAACUCCCGACGCCAACCCAGGCGGAGAAAUCAAAUCCGGGGUGCAGCUUGAUGUCGACACUUGCCAAGCCAUGUCGGUGACAGCUUCAUCAAGGAAGCAAGGCCGCACGUCGGCCCACUGCUCAUUCUUGGACGAGGCCGAGAUGGUCUCCAUCGUAACGGUCUCGUCGUGA